GGGGAUGUGGGUGUGGGUGUGGGUGUGGGUGUGGGGUGUGGGUGUGGGUGUGGGUGUGGGUGUGGGUGGGUGUGGGUGUUGGAAGACUAACACCCACACCCACACCCGACACCCACACCACACCCACACCCCUGAAUAAUAUAAUCAUUAUCUGAUAAUAUUAUUAUUGAACUUAUUACAGAAUUCAAUGAACGUACUAAACGAAUUCUCAAUGAUUAAGAUAUUAAGUGUUACUUUUAUUGUGUUCAUUACAAUUAUUAAUUGGACAUAUUCAUUUUUUUCGAUCAUUUAAUCAAUAGAAUGAUUUUAGAAAAUUUAACAUUAACACUAAAAUUAUAUUCUCAAAUACUUCCAUAUAGAGGUUUUCGUAUUUUAAUUAAUGUUUAUUAUUAA